AUGGUUCUCAGUUUUGCAACAGAGGAAGUAUUAAAGAAGGUGGGUUCACUGGCGUCUGAAGAAAUGAAGCUUGCGUGGGGUUUCAAGGGCAAGCUCAAAAAUCUUGAACGAUCACUGAAAAAGAUUCAAGCUGUACUACACGAUGCCCAGAAACGGCAAGUGAGGGAAGAGACUGUUCAAAUUUGGCUCAAGGAUCUUGAAGAGAUAGCUUAUGAUGCUGAGGAUGUUCUGACUGAGUUCUCUUACGAAAUGCUCCGACGUCAGGUAGAAAUUCAAAAUCAAUUUAUGAAAAAGGUACGCUGCUUCUGCUCAUUCUCUAGCCCCAUUGUGUUCCAUAUCAAGAUGGCUCAUAAAGUCAGAAAUUUCAAUAUCUCACUGGAAAAAUCUAAGAACGACGCAAAUAGCUUUGGGCUUAUAUCGAUGUCAUCUAAAGAUCCAAUUUCUCAAAUAAGAGCGAAUCGAGAGACCAACUCCGUCGUAGAUGAUUCAAAAUUUGGAAGGGAAAAUGAUGUAUUAACUAUAGUAAACAAGGUGACUAGCUCAUGCAGUAAUGAUGUCUCCGUAAUUCCAAUAGUGGGUAUGGGGGGCAUUGGGAAGACUACGCUUGCUCAACUAAUCUACAAUGAUGAGCGAGUGAAAGAACAUUUUGACGUAAGAAUUUGGGUAUGUGUAUCUGAAAAUUUUGAUGUUAAAAGGAUUCUAAAAGAGAUUUUGGAAUCUCUUACCAAGAAAAGUUGUGGGAUUAAAAAUCUGGAUACCGUCUUUGAAAACAUUAAGGAUGAGUUGGAAGGGAAAAUAUAUCUUCUCGUACUAGAUGAUGUUUGGAAUGAAGAUCAGAAUAAGUGGGAAGAUUUACGAAGUCGUCUGCUGCCAGUGAGUUCAAAAAAAGUGGGAAACAACGUUGUUGUGACUACUCGGAGCGACAAAGUGGCUUCAAUUAUGAAGACACUUCCUCCUCAUCGCUUAGGGAAACUAUCAGAAGAAAAUUGUUGGGCGAUAUUUGAGCAAAAGGCAUUUGUAGACGGUGGAGCACCGAAGACUCAAGAUUUUAUUGAUAUAGGAAGGGAUAUUGUGAAAAAAUGUGGGGGCGUGCCACUAGCAGCAAAGGUGUUGGGAGGGAUCAUGCGUUUUAAGAGGGAGAAGCAAGAGUGGUUGUCCAUUUUGGAAAGCGAAACGUGGAAUGUACGAGAAAGUGAGGAUGGGAUCAUAGCAGCAUUGAAGUUGAGCUUUGACAAUUUGCCAUCGACUUCUUUGAAACAAUGCUUCGCAUACACUGCAAUUUUCCCCAAGGAUUAUUUCAUUGAGAGAGUAAAGCUAAUCAGACUAUGGAUGGCUCAAGGAUUUCUAGAGUCAUCUCAAGAGUGCGGUUUGGAGAUGGAAGACAAAGGUAAUGAGUACUUCAAUGUCCUGUUGCAGAAUUCCUUGUUUCAAGAUGUUGGAAGGGAUGAAUAUGGGGAUAUCAGAACAUGCAAGAUGCAUGAUCUUGUGCAUGACCUUGCACAAUCUGUUUCCAAAUCUGAAAUCCUGGUUUUGGAGGCUGGAUAUCAGGGGAAUGAAAUCCCUGCAGUCCGACAUUUAUCAUUGACAGAUUAUGAAGAAGGGAAGCACAUAGUUGGGAAGGACAAUGGUAAAAAAUUACGCACCUUAAUUUUAUCAAAGUCAAGGGUUGUUAAUGUUUCCAAUGAGUUGUUAGUUCACUCGAAAUGCUUGAGAGUUUUAGAUUUAAGCCGGAGUGAAAUUAAGGUUCUGCCAGAUUCUGUUGGGAAGUUGAAACAUUUAAAGUACCUUGAUGUCUCCUAUAAUGGAGGAAUUGAAAGGUUGCCGAAUUCAAUUACCAAGCUAUACCAUCUACAGACGUUGAAUAUGGAGGACUGUAAUAUGUUGCAGGAGCUACCAAAAGAAAUGAGAGCAUUAAUCAACUUGAGACAUUUGGGACUUGACCUUUACAAUGCAGAGAGAAUAAUGAAGGAUGGACCGAUUGAGAUGAGGCGGUUAAUUCAUUUGCGGACGUUACCAGUGUUUGUGGUGGGUCGGGGCAGGGGACGCCGAAUUGGAGAGCUGGAACCCUUGAACGAGCUCAGAGGAGAAUUAUGGAUUUGCGAUCUACGGCAUGUGAGGGGUAAAGAAGAAGCUGAAAAGGCAAAUUUGAAGGGAAAGAAAAACAUUGAAACAUUGGUGCUUCAAUGGGGUAAUGAUGAUGAGGUUGGUAUUGGUGAUAAUGAUGAUGAGGUGUUGGAAGGGCUGCAACCACACUUAGAUCUGAAGCGGUUUAAAAUUGAAGGAUUUGGGGGUAUUGCUGUGUCAUCGUGGAUGGCGAAGUUGUUGAAUCUUCAGGUGUUUGAGAUAGACAGUUGCCCUAAAUUGACGUCUCUGCAAUUAUGUACAUCUCUCAAGACAUUAAGCAUAGAGAAUUGCCCAAAUCUGGAAUCUGUGCCUGCUGAUUUACUAAAAUUGCACUUCCUCUCAGAUUUAAGUAUUUGGAAGUGCAAAAGGCUGAGUAGUUUGCCGGAAGGGCUAUUGUGCUGCCUCCCCGACUUGAAGAAACUAUGGCUGGGAGGGUUUAAUGAGGAGCUGGAUAGUUUCCCCUCACUUCUCUGCAGCACCAACCACCACGGCCACUGUCACCACCAAUUCCAGCUUGAAGGCCUAUUUCUGUUUGGUUGGCCUAAGCUCAAGUCUCUGCCCAACCAUGAACAUGAACAACUUCUUCCCCGCCUCUCUUCCCUACAAUUUCUCCUGAUUGAGAAGUUUGGUCUUUUGGAAGCUCUACCGGAGUUGCUUCCGAAAAACCUUCGAAGUCUAUUUCUUAAGGAUUGCGAAGACAAUGAGCAUCUGGUGGAAUCCGUCCGAAGCGUCGCCAAAUCAAGAAACUUCAGUGUUAAUGGUUACAGGCCAAAUGAAGAAACUUGA